GACCUUGCAGAGGAUUCCCGUGUUUCAAAACCAGCCUGGAUGGGUCUGAACAUUUCCUCUGACCUUAGGAAACCCAUCCAAGACGCAAUUGUUCAACCCAGUUCCGAGGCUGCUAGGCUUUUAUUCUCGGGUAUCACUACGGUUUCUUACGUUCCCGACAGCCUAGGCCGCUUGUUCUUGUACCGCUCUCGACUAACCUGUAAAAUGAUGGAGGAGCUUCUGCCCCAAGUGAACGAAGUUGUACCCACCUUUGUCACAUCCAUCACAAAGCCAUUCACAAAUAAUGACAUGCUGCUGAACUCUCGAGGAGAACACUGGUUUUCAAUUGCAGGUCACGACCGG